AUGGAAGACGUGUUCGGGGGUAUCAUCUCAAGCGUCAUUAUGGACUUUGCUCCCACUACUCUAUCGAGCGUUUUUGACAAGAUUGGUGGCUUAUUCAACAUGAAAGACUCCGAAGUCUACCCUGAACCUGGAACUGGAAACGCGCUUGGACUGUGCGAGUGGCCCAUCGCCAAGAUGGAUAGCAGCUACGAUAUCGUCGUCUACGGGUCGACCUCUGGCGCUGUCGCCACAUCGAUCCAGGCCGCCCGACUCGGUCGGUCUGUCGCACUGGUCUCACCCCAGGAGCACAUCGGCGGAAUCCAAAUCAACGGCCUGGGGGCUACCGACAUCGACAACCAGGUCGAGUUCCAGAACAGCACCACGCUGGGCGGUAUCAAUUUGGAGCUCCACCAGCGCAUCAGCAGGCACUAUGGCCGCCUGGCUAGGCUCGAGGAAGUUGUGGCCAAGGGUAUCAAAGACCCGGAAGUUUGGCGAUUCGAGCCGCGCGUGGCUGAGAAGGUGAUUGCGGACUGGCUUGCGGAACAUGCCUCAAUCACGGUGAUCAAGUCACCCCUUGCCGAGCGGGAUGCGGUGACCCGGGACGGUGUCGCGAUUAAGAGCAUCCGUCUCUUGAACGGACGCACCAUCUCAGGCAAGAUCUUCAUUGAGGCAUCCUACGAAGGAGAUUUCCUUGCUGCGGCCGGGAUUUCCUGGGCCCGCGGCCGAGAGGCUUCGGCGCAGUACAACGAGUCUCUUGCCGGUGUCCGAAGUGAAACGCUCUACCGCCAGAUCGACGUCGACGUCGACCCGUACGUACGACCUGGAGACGCUUCGAGCGGGCUCUUGUACGGAAUCUCGGAUGAGCCCUUUGGCCAACCCGGCGAUGGAGAUCUACACCUUCAGUCCUACUCGUACAGGCUCCCGCUAACAGACGACGCCGAAAACCGCGUCCCGUUUACGGAGCCGGAGGGCUAUGAUCCCGCUCAUUACGAACUCCACCGCCGCUUCAUCAGGGGGCGGAGAGUUUUACUACCCGCAGGAGCGCUAUCAACGGAUCUCUUGGGUAUGAACGAUGAGUGGCCGGUGGCUUCGUACGAGGGCAGGAGGCAAAUUCUCAAGGAGACGGCUACUUUCACCAAAGGUCUUCUCUGGUUUAUUUCUACCGACCCAGAUGUCCCGCAUUAUCGCAAGGCGUGGAGUGCCUUCGGCUACUGCCGCGACGAAUUCCCCGACAACGAUCACUUUCCCUACGAGCUAUACGUCCGCGACGCCCGCCGCAUGGUAUCCGACUACAUCAUUACAGAAUCUACAGCGACGUGCCGGGACCACGGCGGCGACGAGCCCCUCGGACCCCGUAGCCGUGGCCUACUGGCCGACCGACACGCACAGCGUCAGGCGCGUGCUGCGCGACGGGCGAGUCCACAACGAGGGCUUCAUCUUCAAGGACGGGCAUCGAUGGCGGCCGUUUGGCGUGCUGUGAGGUUGGAACACCAGUUUUACGCUAUUGGUCAGGCGGCGGCCAAUGCGUGCGAUAUUGCCCUGCGCGACGGCCUCUCGCUGCAAGAUGACGGUGGGGUUUCCCCCUUUGGUCGGGGUUUAGGAUCUAAGUCGUAUAAGAAGGAAGAUCUCCCCAGAUUUUGA